AUGAGAAUUAGUUAUAAAAUUACCACUACUACUCAGAGAAGAAACUCGAAUGCAGUGGUAAUAUUAAUGAUUGUUAGUUGUCUGCUGGCGUUGCAAGUCUCAAUCAUCGAUGCCAACGGUAGCAGCAACAACAAUGCCGACGACGAUAUAGUUAGUUGUGGUGGAUUCGUAAAGGUUGCUAAAACACUCCCAAAGAAUCUCAUCAACUACGAACAAAUCAAAAUAAACUUAGUACAGGAUACUCUUGUUAGAGAAUCAACAGAAUGUUCACCGAACGGAUACUACUUCUUGCCCGUCUACAAGUCAGGUGACUACCAUUUAGAAAUCGAAGGUCCAGAUGGUUGGACAUUCAAUAAAAAACAAAUUGAACUAUCAAUUGAUUUCAACAAUAAAGAUAGUUGUAAGGAUGAUAUCAAUUUCGAGUUGAGUGGAUUCCGUGUCGAUGGUCGUCUAACAAGUCGUAGAUGUUCAAAUAGCGGUGCGUUGGAUGGAAUCACCGUUCAGUUGAGAGUGAAGGGAACAAGCAAAGUUGUAGCUCAAUCUGUGACUGCCAACGGUGGAUUAUAUCGUUUCGAAUCGGUGGUACCUUCGUCCGAGUUGGAGGUUGUCGCUGUCCACCCAACCUGGCAAUUCAGUGUCAACUCUGUAGCGAUCAAGAAUUUCGAUUGGGGUAACUACCAUGUCGAACAAGACAUCGUUAUCGAGGGAUUCGAACUGACCGGUUCGAUCAACUAUGACAACCACCCAAUGAAAGAUGUCGAUUUCCAUUUGGAACCAAUCGGUUCAACUUCAAACGUUGUCAAGUCAAUCAUCGAUUGUUCAGCAGGUGCAGCAAAGUCAGGAGCUGUUAUUUGUACAGUUCAAUCUGGUGUAGAUGGUCAAUUCAGAAUAAAGAAUGUUCCAUGUGGAGAGUAUCGUUUGUCAGCUUCUUACAGUGGACAGCAAACAAAGUAUGACAUCUCUCCAAAGUCGAUCGAUGUAAAGCUGGAGGGUGGUGACUACAAAGUUCAACAACCAUUCCAGGUUAUGGGAUUCUCUGUUUUUGGUCGUGUCAUGAAUCAAGACGAAGGUUUGGCAGGUGUUUCCAUCCUUGUCAACGGAAAACCAAAGACAACUACCGACGCCAACGGAAACUACAUUUUAGAACAAGUUACCGCUGGUUCUUUAAAGAUUGAAGCACAACGCGAUCACAUGACAUUCUCUGGUCUCCAAAACUACAGAAUGUCGCCAUCGGCACCAUCGUUGCCAGACAUCAAAGUCGUCAGCUACGACCUCUGCGGUCAGGUAUCGGUACCGACCGCACCGGCCGGAAUCAAAGUGAAUCCACGUGAGAUCACACUCGUCGGAAGCGAGAACAACAAGCAAGAGAAGAAGCAAACAGACAGCGCUGGACGUUUCUGUUUCCAAGUGGUACCAGGCACCUACAGAAUUUCGAUUUCACUCAGCUCCCAAGAGAAAUCCAAGGGAUUGCAAUUUGUUUCACAGACAAUCACAACCACCAUCACCAACCAACCGAUGUUGGACAUCCUUUUCUCACAAACACGUGGUUCUGUCGUUGGAAAGAUCCGUCCUUUGACUCCAAUCACCGGAGCCGCUGGCGAAGUACCAGCCGGAAUGAAACUCACCCUCGAGCCAACCUCUAGAAAAGGUGAAUCUGUCAACGCCGCACUCUCACUCACCAAGACCGGUGAUAUUUCCUUCAUUUUCCGUGAUCUCCUCCCAGGUUCCUACAAGAUCCAGCUCGCCUACGAUGUCUGGUGUUGGGAGUCACUCGAGAAGUCUGUCAACCUCGAAGACACCGAAGUCAAGGACAAUAUCGAAUUCGUCCAAACUGGAUAUCACUACGAUGUUCAAUCUCCACAUCAUCAAGUUGCUCUCGAGCACCAAAUCAACGGAAAGACAGCCGACAAGAUUCAAUUGAAGAAGGGUAGUAACUUGCUCUGUCUCAAGGAGUCUGGUCUACACAAGUUUGACGUCAAAUCAUGCUUCCAAUUCGAAAAGAACACCGAUACUUUCAAUACCGAUUACAAUCAACGUGGACAAUUCAAGUUGAAGAUCGAAAAGAUUCAAUUGACAGGUUCGAUUGAACUCACUAGUGCUGCUGGUGACUCUGCACCCUCAAAGAUUGAUAUUCAAGUCCGUUCGAAAUCCGGUGACGUUAUCAAGACAAUCAAAGCCGAACAAUCUUCAACUUCACCCAGCACCUACAGCUACUCUUACAUGGCAACAUUGGGAGAUGAGUUACAAUUCGUACCAUUGACACCAGCCGGAUCCAACUUACUUUUCUACCCAAGUGUUCGUUCCGCUUCGGUCAACACUGAGAACUGUCCACCAUCGCUCGAAGUCGUUGCUGCUCGUCCAGGUUUGUUCAUCCGUGGACAAGUCUUCCCAAAUAUCGAUGGAGUUGAGAUCGCCACUUUCGUUGAGCGUUCCGGUGAGCAAGUAGGACAAUCGGUGGUAAGCGACGCCUCUGGACACUACCAAAUCGGUCCACUCAGAGACGACAUUGACUACACUCUCAAGGCAUCGAAACCAGGUUAUCAUUUCAAGAAAGAAGAGAAGGGUUACAACUUCAAUGCUAUCGAACUCGGUUCCGUUGUUGUCAACUUCCACGACAAGGAAACUAGCCAGCCAGUCCAAGGUGUCCUCUUGUCACUCAGUGGUGAAGGCUACAGAAACAACUUGCAAUCACCAGCCAACGGUUCCAUUGGUAUCUACUCACUCUUCCCAGGCAAAUACUUUGUCAAGUGUUUGCUGAAGGAGUACGCAAUCACUCCAUCUUCACAAACCAUUGAAGUACUCGAGGGUAAGCAAAUCAAGGUCGAAGUCUACGCCAAGCGUGUUGCCUACAGUGUCUACGGUAGUGUGAAAUCUCUCAUCGGUGAAGCACAAGCUGGAAUUGCUGUUCGUGCACUCACCAGCAACAAUAAGGUAGCCGACGAAUCGACAACCGAUGAACUUGGAAACUAUCGUCUUCGUGGACUACAACCAACCGAACAAUAUCGUGUCGCAAUCGUUGGACAACCAUCGAUCGAACGUUCGGCACCAGCUGAAUACAAACUCACCAUUGACAAAUCCGAUCGUACCGCCAUUGAUUUCGUCGUACUUUCAUCGAGUUCCACUGCAACAUUCGACCUCUCGGCCAAUGUCGAGUUGAGCGGUCCACAAGCCAGCCACGCCAUUCUCCAACGUCUUCGUGCCAACCUCUACAACCAAAAGGAUAACUCACUGUACCGUUCCAUUGAGUUUGGAUUCAAUUCGUUCGUUGAUUUCGGAUCACUUCCAAAGUCCAAUAACUAUGUACUCAAGAUUGAGAAUGACAUCAACAGCUUCAAUAGCAACGCCAACAAGAACAACAAGAACAGUGGUGCCAACUCACUUUUGAAUAUCAAGGUUGAACCAACUGAAGUCAAUAUCAACAACAUUAACGAGGAUUCAGAGCAAUCGACAAACAAACACUUCCAAUUCAGAGUGGAUAUCUCGAAAUCAGCGAUCAUCUACGAACAAGAAUCAGUACCAUACUCUGGACUGAUCUUCUUUGCCUUUGUUGUAGUUAGUGUGUUGUACCCAAGCAAAGUAUGGAACUUUAUCCUCUCUGUUAGAUCAGGUGAACUCUUCCAAAAGUCAAAGAGCACAACCAAGCGUGUCAACAAAUCCGAAGAUCACAACAAUGAUUUCCUUCCAAAAGAUUUAUUAAAACAAAAACAAAAGAAAUCAUCGAAAACAAAAAAUAACUAA